CUGUGUCAUCUGCCCUGUCCCCCAGUCACCAGCCUUGUGCCCCGUUACUCCCAGUCCUGCGUCACCAGCCUUCUGCCACCUUCGGUGUCCCUUGUCCCCGGUCCUGGCCUACGUUUAUUUUCUCGGGCCUGGUCCCGGUCCCGGGCCUCGCCCUGCCUUGUCCUACUUUAACUGGCCUUUGCCACCUUCGUGGCCUUUAUUCACCGUCACUACUUUUUUUUUUUUCCUGCAAUGCCCACACACUUGUACAGCCUUUGGUGGCCUUAUCUGAUCAGUGAUGGCCUUAGCAGGUUGACGUCGUCCUAAUCACCCGCCGGGGUUCAGAGGGUGAAGGUGCUACUGCCCGCUCUAGCUAAGCAGCGAAGCGUGGUUCCUGAUGGCUCCUCUGACAUUCAGAAACCCCACCCACUCUUACCACCCUCCUGGCCAGGCUCUCUCUGAGGCCACGCGACAGAGGCCACUGGCCAGCAGGAGCCCUUUCUCAGAAGAAAGCCCUGGCCUGAAGUCCUGUGGCAGCAAGGUCAAAGACAGGGUGGGGUGCUAAAACUCGGACCUGCCAGCUUGGGCAGCCCAGACCUGUUUGCCAGCCUUGGAGCUCACAUGUCUCCGAGCCCUGGAGCACUGGGGGAGCUGUCAAAGGCCCCCACCAGGAAGGACCGUCUGGGCAGAAUGUCACGAUGGAUGAGGGGGGCAUACCCCUGCUCCCUGACAGCCUUGUCUACCAGAUCUUCCUGAGCUUGGGCCCUGCAGAUGUGCUGGCUGCUGGGCUGGUGUGCCGCCAAUGGCAGGCCGUAUCCCGGGAUGAGUUCCUCUGGAGGGAGCAGUUCUACCGCUACUAUCAGGUGGCUCGAGAUGUGCCCCGCCACCCAGCGGCCACAUCCUGGUAUGAGGAGUUCCGGCGGCUCUAUGACAUGGUGCCCUGUGUGGAGGUGCAGACACUGACAGACCACACGGACCAGGUCCUUCACCUCAGUUUCUCGCACUCGGGGUACCAGUUUGCCUCCUGCUCCAAGGACUGCACCGUGAAGAUCUGGAACAAUGACCUGACCAUCUCCCUGCUGCACAGUGCAGACAUGAGGCCGUACAACUGGAGUUACACCCAGUUCUCCCAGUUCAACCAGGAUGACUCUCUGCUGCUGGCCUCGGGGGUGUUCCUGGGGCCACAUAACUCCUCCUCAGGCGAGAUAGCUGUCAUCAGCUUAGACUCCUUUGCCCUGCUGUCCCGUGUGCGAAACAAGCCCUAUGAUGUGUUUGGCUGCUGGCUCACAGAAACCAGCCUCAUUUCGGGGAACCUGCACCGCAUUGGAGAUAUCACCUCCUGCUCAGUGCUGUGGCUCAACAACGCCUUCCAGGAUGUGGAGUCAGAGAACGUCAACGUGGUAAAGCGGCUCUUUAAGAUCCAGAACCUCAAUGCCAGCACCAUUCGCACAGUGAUGGUGGCUGACUGCAGCCGCUUUGAUAGCCCGGACCUCCUGCUGGAUGCUGGCAGCCAGCCUGGGCUCCCCUGCCGAGUCUUUGACCUAGGUGGGGACACUGAAGAAGAGGCCACUGACCCAGGUUUGCACGCCUCUGGUUCUGGCCAUGUCAAGGAAGGUUUACGGCGUGUGUUUGAUAGCGUCUUGGAUGGACAUGGACAGCUGUCAGAUUGUGCACUGGAGACCAAGGUAGCAGAGCUGCUGGCCCAGGGCCACACCAAGCCCCCAGAGUGUAGUGACGCUGACACCAGGAACAAGUACCUCAUCUUCACCACUGGCUGCCUCACGUACUCACCGCAUCAGAUCGGCAUCAAGCAGAUCCUGCCGCACCAGAUGACAACUGCAGGGCCCGUGCUAGGCGAGGGCCGGGGCUCCGAUGCCUUCUUUGAUGCACUGGACCAUGUCAUUGAUGUGCAUGGGCACAUCAUUGGCAUGGGCUUGUCUCCUGAUAACAGGUACUUGUAUGUGAAUAGCCGUGCCUGGCCCCCUGGCUCAGUGGUAGCUGACCCAAUGCAGCCGCCACCCAUUGCCGAGGAGAUUGACUUGCUGGUGUUUGAUCUCAAGACCAUGCGGGAGGUCAAGCGAGCUCUUCGAGCACACCGCGCCUACACGCCCAAUGAUGAGUGCUUCUUCAUCUUCUUGGAUGUCAGCAGGGAUUUUGUGGCCAGUGGGGCUGAAGAUCGGCAUGGCUAUAUCUGGGACCGCCACUACAACAUCUGCCUAGCCAAGCUGCGGCACGAGGAUGUGGUCAACUCAGUGGCUUUCAGCCCCCAGGAGCAGGAGCUCUUGUUGACAGCCAGUGAUGAUGCCACUAUCAAAGCCUGGCGUUCACCACGCAUCGUUCGAGUCCUGCAGGCUCCACGCCCACGCCCACGCCCCUUCUUCUCCUGGUUUGCCAGCCAUAGGCGCUGAAGGCUUCGGUGAUUUGAGCCAUUAGAACCUACUGGGGAAAAUGGUACCCUGUGGUUCUUCACUGCACUGGGGCAGAGUAGCUCAUAGAAGCAAUGCCUUAGGUGGGGCAGCUUGACCCCAACACACUCACAACCUGCUCACUCAGCCGUCAGGCUUAGCACCAGGGUAGCCCUUGUUGGCAGCACCAGAUCCCAUGCUAGCCUCUUGGCUAGCUUGAGAUACACGGGACACUGGAAACCCUGUUCUUCACCUACCCUCCUCCCUUGGGUUGGCAGCUCACACAGCUCCAAGCUGGCCUCUGCCUGGGUACCUUUCACAUUCAGCCAUACCCACCCCCUUGGAUGUCGUGAGUGUACCCUGGGCGGCAGGCCACAGGCACUGGUCGCUGAUACUUCAGCUUUCGCUACUGAUGGAGUAGCCUGCAGUGGCCUGUGGGUGCUGCAUGCUGCACUCAUGAACUGUGGGGCCUGAAUAAACAGUUGGCGACAGCA